UGAACAUGGACCCGGCGGAACUGAAGAAGCUCCGGUCGAAGCAGCGCAAGGCGGCCAAGAAGGCGGAGCAGAGCAAGGCAGAGGAGAAGCGGAGAGAAGAGAAGAAAGCUGAAUACCAAAAAUACAAAUCCGGAGGGAACGUGGAUGAGCAAGAGAACAAAAAUGUACAAGAUUUAAUACCAAGCAAGUUAGAACAGACGGAGGACCCCCUGGGAGAAGCCAUCCACUUCCUGAAGCCUCUCCAGUCGCUAGCGGCAAAUAGAAUCCAGACUCACUUAAUGGCCUUUGAAAUAUAUCUCCGUAAAGACAAACCUCUACUUAUGCUGCAGGCUUUAAAGCGGGCACUAAAACUGGAGGAAAACCACCCAGAGCUCCACUCCUGCUUAGUACGGUUCUUGCGCUAUAGACAAGACAAAUUGGCCAGUCUCACAGGACCCAUUAUAGACGUUAUCAACAAAGAAGUGAACCGCCUCCAGCCCACAGCAGACCCUACCAAGCUCAAUGAAGACUUUUUAAACAAAAAUCAGGACUCUCUCCCACAUAGGCUACAAGCUGCACGUUCUAUGGUGCUCUUGGAUAGUAUACAACGUGAUCGAGCCUUUUCUAUUGCCACGAAUCUUGACGCCCAUUUAAAAGCCAGAUCUCAUCAGAAUCUGCAGCGGGUGUUAGAGUGGCUGGAAUCUGAAGAGUAUGGUGCCAGCCCUGAGGAAGUUAGCCACUACAAGGCACAGUGCCAUGCCAUCUACCCCAGGGCCCAAGCCUUCAAGCCACCACAGACUGCUUCCACUUCUGUGAAUGACUCUACUAGUGACUCAACCACUAUAACUACACCCUCCACGACGACCACAGCCAACCAUAAUCAUGUGGACUUUCCCAGCAGCUGAGGCUGACUGCUCAUACCAGCCACCAAGGCCGUGCAAGGUGCCGAGGCCUUGAAAGUGAUGUAAAUGCCAGGUGAAAGUGAGAUGCAGUUUAGAGUUGGUUAAACCCAGGAAUAUCAAAAUUCAAAACAGAAAUGUAUGCUGUCAAGCCUCCAUAACUCGAGCCUCAAGCAGCAGCAGAACAAGUGAUAGAGUAAUACAUAAAUGCUGAUAAAAACUGUUGGUCUUGACAGUUACACAGACUUCGAGUAGAGAACACGCUGGUUUUGUCCAAGGUCGAAUUAUGAGUGUUGACUCAUACAUCGUUCUCCAACUUCCACUGAUUACUUGAAUCUUCCUCCUCAUUAAUACUUUAUAAUUUUGAACCUGCUUUGUUGUUAAACAAACACUAGGUUGAAUGUUUUAAUAUAUAUAUAUUCACAAACACUAGGUAUUUGCAAAUUAUGAAUCAAUUAAGCCUUCAGAGUUCCUGUUUUUAAGUAAGUCUUGACAUGCCUGUGAGAGAUGGGUUAUUUAUUAAUGUAUUGGUACUCUUUGUUUCCCAUACUUGAUCAUCCGUUGCAAGUGGCACUGAAUCAACCACUCCAGAUGCAGCCAAGUGGCCCUUUAGUGUGUGUGUGUUUGUGAUUUAGGCGGAGGAAUGGCUGACAGGCAGACCAACUAAACUAGUCGACUGACUGACCGACCGACGGGGACAUUUACGCAUGCACAGAGAGAUUUUGACAAACCUGAAACUGUGGAGGCUGCACCUUGGCGUUUGUUCCAUUUUGGUGUUCCAAAGAAGAUAGUGAACCCGUUGCACCCUAGCAAGCAGAUAGUUGAAACAAAGUGCUCCAGAGGGACUUGGGUAUCCAGACUCCAUUGUUGUUACUGAGCUAUUGGUAAAUGCAUUUCCAGCAAGUUUGGCGUGUGCCUCAGAAUCCUUGAUAUUUUGUAAAUUUAUAAUUACCUUACGAGUGUGUAGGAGUAAGUUCAUAACCAAGCACUUUUAAUUUGAUGCACUCAGAUAGAAUUUUUUUUCUACAAUGUUUGUAUAUGGGUACAUUCCACAUUCAUAGUCAAAUGUUCAUGACUCAUUUUCUGUGAGCAACUUGAUUAUGUGCCUUUGUAUUCCCCGUGUUAUGUUGGUGCCCAAGAAGUGCCCACCUGUUGAAUUAAGGCUCCUACACAAAAUUACUGUUGUUGUAUAUGGAGAAAUGCAAGUCAAACAACACCUUUGAUGUCGGAUAGCUGAGUGUAAUUAUAAAGACAGUGUCUGGAUUCUGACUCGGCAUUAAGAAAUCCAAAAACCUUAGAAAAAAAGAGAAUCCCUUCAGGGUAAAAAAAAACAAAACAAACAAAAAAAAAAAACACUCGCGAACCUGGAGUCGGGCUUCUUGUCGCGCCGUGCUCAAGCGUUUUUGACUCGGAAGAAAUUGGCUGUGGGUUUAGAAAGCAAGGAAUUCAGUGCUGAUUGUGCCAUGGGUACGCCGUGUGUGGGCAGGGUAUUUGGCUGCAGUAUUUUGGAUUUACGCUUACUGUAAUGAGAUAGCCACGUACAUACCGAAGUUUCGUUCACACGCAAUAUGUAUUACUGGCAUUUUAAUGGGUAUAAAAAGAUGCAUUCAUUUUGUACAUAUAUAUAAAAAAAAAGCUGGCCUGAACAUGCUGUCAAGAUAGGCAAUACAUUUCCGGCAAUAGGAGAGAAAGGAUGGCUGUCGCGUCGCCGUAGUUACGUCUUAAUAGUCACCGAGCGACCGUCCAGGGGCCAGAGGGUCGGGAGGGAAGGGAGCCAACAGGAACACCCCUUUUGUUCACGCCGGAGGAAGGAACCGCAACAGGUGGUUCACUUUAUGUGGGCGCUCCGCCGCUUUUACGUCCGGCGGUUCGUCCAGGCUUCACUCGUCAAUGGCUUUUAAUCAAUUUUAGAAGGGUUCUACCUAUAUAUAAAACCACAUAUGCAAGUGUUUCGAUGGAGGACACGGCCCGCCCCACCCACGAUCCCAUACCCCCUCUCCCCCUCUCAUAAGUGCGAAACGCAAGCCACGGGCGGCUCCUUCCCCAGAGCAUCGUCGACCACCACUGUGUGCGUGUGUCUACGGGUUGGAGUCCUGGCUGGGUGAUGGUGCAUCUCACUCAUCAGGUAAUGCAUUUAUGGAGUAGCGGAAUGAAUUUUUGGUUAAAGGAUAACUUUUGUCUUUUUUAUACGAAUAUACUGUUUUCUUAUAUGUAUUUCAGUUCAUUAUUUUGGUUUCAGUUAAUGGAGUUUUUUUUUUCUUUUUAGCAGCUGGAAAUUGCCCUGUUUGCCGCUUAGUCAUACGUCAUAGUAAUGUUAUCAUGAUCAUCAUUCUUAUUUUCGUCAUGAUUGUAAUUUCGGUUCGUAAGAUACCUAUAUAUUUAGUGAGCAAUAUUCAAGUAUGUAUAUACGAGAACUUCAUUUCAGUGAAAAGUACAUUAGCAAAGGGGACUGGGGGGUAUUAGGGGGUAAGCGAGCCCUUCAACUGAAUUCUUUUCUUUUUUUUGUUCAUUUCAUCCGUGUUUUCUAAAGUGAAAAGGGCUUCGAGGGAGCCUCCAGAGGGCCGAGUCAAGGAGGAUCGGUGGACUCGCUCGCAGAACCACAUUUGCCAGGCAUAUUACCGUCUUAUUCUAUUCCGGCUGUAAAAAAAAGAGAUGCAGUUAAUAGAUAAAUAAACAAAUAAAAACUUUGAAGGUUUGGUUGUUGCAUAGUUCUGGUACAGCUAGUCACAAAGGGGAGAUGAUUGUCUUUUUUUCUUUUUCGAUUCUUCUUUUAUAUAUAUAUUUCAUUUGCGAGAGCUUUUUUGCGCUUCAGUUGAACAUAAUUGUAUCCAAUUCGUUAUUCAACAGCGACUUCAGGAUAUCAUCAGUAUAUUUUUUUUUCUCUUUUUUUUUCUUAUUCGUUGUUGUUGUUGUUGUUGUUGUUGUGGAAAAAAUUAUGUACUUAUACACCACGUCGCACCACGCCACUUAACGCUGCUCCCUGUUACGGUUCUUGAAUCUUCCCCCAAUAUGAACAAUUUGUAAUUUUGUCAUUCAUUGCAUUGGAUGGACCACCUCUUCGUCUCAUUCAUCGUUGGGAACCUGAAUAGACUCUACGGAACGUUAUCGAUUCCAAAGCUUUGUUGGUUUGUACAGAAAACUCGAGUUAAGAGGAAAAAGAUUAAGUGGAAAGGAAAAAAAAAUAACAUAUAUAUGGCUCGUCAAGGAAUGGAGAGAAUCAUCGCAGUGAAGAAAGAAGAAAGUGCUCAUUGUAUGUUCAUUGUUUGUUAUUAUUGUUAUUAUUUUGGUUUGUGUUAUGAUUAUUGUGAUAAUUGUUUUGCAGUAUUUUUAUUUUACUAUCUGUCAAUGGAUAACUUUCUUUUUUUAUUUUUCAUCCUUUUUUUAAGUUUGAUAAUGUUCUCAUUAGGUUGUUUCAGAAAAAAGGGAUGGAUUAAUAAAUUAAUUAUUGUAUAUUCUCUACGAGAUGUAAUAUUAAAAAGCCUCAGGUGAUAUGCUAAUGAGAUGAGGGCACUGUAUGUACAUGGACUGUUCGGUGUUUGAGUUGCCUGCCUGGGUACUACCCUAUUUUGAUACAUUUUUCAGUGUCAUUAUAGAUAGGCAGAAGACCCUGAAAAUAGGGACUUGAAAUAAAUCUAAAACCUGUA